UUUCAAGUGGUCCGUUCAAAUUUGUUCUCAGUUUCGUUACUUUUUCACUUAUUAAAUCAAUAAAGUUACAAGUGUUCAAUUAAAAAUCCUCUAAAUCUAAUGUUUAAUAAUUGUGUUGGACGAUUGCAUCCUCAAGCCGUUUUUUCUUCUUCAAGGAUUUUAAAUUUUACAUUUUGCAAAAUCCAUGUGUGCGAUGGAUGAAGUAGCUGAAAUAGCCAGGAAAGUUCUCCUUCCCCCCGUCAAAGUUAUCAACGAACGAAGCCACUUCGAAAAAAGAUUUCAACGUGAAUGGUCAACUAAAGUUGAUGACGCCGUAUGUGAUUUAAAAAAGCUAGUUCUGAAUGGUACCUCCGUAACAAAAGAAGAGUGGACCAAAAACAGUCAAGAUGUAUUGUCGUUACUCAUCCUGUGCGGUGAGCACAGUAUUUGUUCUGAAUGGAGUACUCAGAAAUCAGUUGAUAAUGUGAAAGAUCUCCUUAACCUUUUGCUCUCCAAGCUUCACCUCCAAAAUAUUCAGGAUAUAUUUGCCAUGGAGGGUGUUGCUUAUUCCACUCUUCAACAGCUUAAACCGAAACUAGGGAAAAACCAAAUCAAAGAAAACCCUGCAGCAGUCAGUUGUUUUGUUUGGAUUAUCAGCAAUACUAUGCUGCCUUCUAUUGAUGAAUCGGUAGAUUUUGCUGUGCCUGUUUCUUUAGUGUUAUUUGAUGAUUGGGAACCAGAUUAUCAGAAGAAAGGCCUAGAGUGUCUACAUCAUAUAUUAAGUCUCAACCCAAAAUCUCUGCUCCAACGAGGAUGGUUUGCAGUCAUAUUUAGUGCGUUAAAGAAAAACGUUGAAUUCAAUGACAAGUUUAAUUUGUACAAGUGCCUCGACAUCUGCCUCAAAGCUCAGAACUUGGAUCCAGAUGAUCCGUCUCAAUGGAAUCAAGAUGACCAAUACGAUUCACUCGCCAGCGAUGUGUUAAAAUCCAUGAUAAUUCAAGAUUCACCAUCUGCCACGUCCUGCAAUCUAAAGAUUUUAAUUUUAAUUUUCCAUUCUAUGAAAAUCAAAAUGGCAAAGUUUCUUCCGUCAAUAAUUUCUGUAUUGGACAACUACGUAACUGUUGGUGUUUCGCCCGAAAUUCACGUUUUAUCAGCUGAGGUCAUGGAGCAAAUUGUUGAAUAUUGCUGGGUCUGCCUGGAACCGCAAUUUACUAGACAGUUGACAUGGAUUUUAUUUAAGCUUGCCAAAGAAAACGUUAUUGAUGAAGUGACGAAACGGAAAAUCGUUAACUUGCAAGAAUUGCUUAAACAAGUAUCACUUUAAACAUCCAGCGAAAUCUUCUUUUUUAACAUAAAUGAAGCUUAAAAUUGUUUUGUAAAUUUUGCUGUGAUAUGAUCUUAUGCUUGAAAGUACAUAUCAUUUUCAAUU